AUGUCAGCUCAGGAAGAUAUCCGAAAAGCCGAAGAGAGCAUCAACUCUGCCCAAGCUAGGACUGGAUCCGGCCAAUCUCAAAGCGAUUCAACUGUGGAUUCCGGUGUAAACGAAAAUGUCACUUCCCAGUUUCCGGGUUCUACCGUCCAGGUUGGAGGAACUAAAAGGGGAGAUAAUCCCGUCAUCCCUGAUGAAGAAGGUGGGGAAAAGAGUAAAGUGACUGGCAGGCAAACCCGCGCAAACGAUUUUGAAGGCGAAGGUGGACCAGAAGACAAAGUCGCAGCUGCUGAAAAUGACAGACCCGGUGAUCAAGAUGUCACUGGGAACAUUCGAUCAUGA